AAACAUUUGGCUACUUUUUCAGAAGAUAGGUUAUUACCUAAGUUUGUACACCAAAUGGGUUGAGAGAUAGAUUCUUCCAAACUGAAAUUAACCAGUGGUUCACCGUAAUGACCAACUGGACAAACAACUCAAGCUGCAUGCUUAGUCUCAGCUUGUGCGAUGCAGAGGUCACAGACAAUGAAAAUGAGACCUUGAGGGAUUUCGAGUAUCCUGUAGAACUCUUCCCGGUGUCUUUACUGCCUGCGAUAACUGUAACCUGUGCUCUGUUAUUCCUUGUGGGGGUUACAGGGAACCUAAUGACCAUUGUUGUGGUCACUAAAUACAAAGACAUGCGAACGACCACAAACAUUUACCUGUCUAGCAUGGCAUUUUCGGACCUGUUGAUUUUCAUGUGUAUGCCUCUGGACCUGUACAGAAUCUGGCGUUAUCGGCCAUGGAAUUUUGGGGACGAACUCUGCAAGCUAUUUCAGUUCGUCAGUGAGUGCUGUACUUAUUCGACCAUCCUGCACAUCACAGCGCUGAGCGUGGAGAGAUAUUUUGCAAUAUGUUUCCCACUUAAAGCCAAAGUGGCAGUCACGAAAGGACGCGUGAAAUGUGUCAUAGUCGUGCUCUGGCUGGUGGCUUGCUGCAGCGCGGGACCAAUAUUCGUUCUUGUUGGAGUUAAGCAUGUAAAUGGGACAAACCCAUUUGAGACAAAUGAAUGCACUUUCACGGAGUAUGCCAUCCGCUCCGGACUUCUAACCAUGAUGGUGUGGGUCUCUGGAGUCUUCUUUUUUCUGCCUGUGUUGUGCUUGACAGUUCUGUACAGCCUUAUUGGGAGACGGCUGUGGAGAAGAAAAAGACAUCCGUUUGCGCAGAAUAUUUCCAGCCGGGACAAAAGUAAUAAGCAAACUGUGAAGAUGUUAGUGGUGGUAGUAAUUGCAUUUAUCCUCUGUUGGCUACCUUUCCACCUGGGACGCUAUCUCUCCUCCAAAUCAUCAGAGGCCAACUCACCUCUCAUCUCUCAGAUCAGCGAGUACUGCACCUUGGUGUCGUUUGUGCUGUUUUACCUCAGCGCGGCUAUAAACCCUAUUCUAUACAAUAUUAUGUCCAAGAAAUACAGGAUAGCAGCAUGGAAACUGUUUAAAAUGAAGCAUUCAGAGAGGUCUGCAUCUGCAACUGUCAAAACAGAGAAUGCGACUGGAUGGGGAGAAUCGAGUGGCAGUACUUGAGGAACCCCGGAGUCCACCUGAAUUUGGGAAAGUUAUCGGAGCAGAGGAACAUGAAAACGUCGUUGUGAUGCUGAGUUCGCCUGGUCUCGAUUACCUUCGAGGUAUUUGGGAGUCGGGAGGAGCAUGUCAUGGAGUCAUCGAC